AGUGUGUAGGGAGACAGACGUCAGGAAGCUGAGCUUAGCUGAAGGAAAGACACACACACACUCCCAUACUCGCCCGCUUACAGUAGUCUUGGAUUUUACCAGCCUGUGGAUUUAAACUCUCUACCUGCCUGGUCCCUCAGGGGUCACUCUUUAGCUCAGAGUAGGACCUCAGAUCGGAGUGCCGGUCAUCUGGAGCUGUUCCUCUGCCCGGGAUCUUUACAGAUUCAGCACCAGCCAUUCUUCAGGGUUAUUAUGUUUCGGAUCUGAAAACGAAGAGAUGGACUCCCGGUCCCUUCUUCAGAUUCUGGCACUUCUGUCUGUGAUCCUGAAGUGUAUGCCAGGUCUGGAUGUUAAGCCACCAGUGAACGUGGAGGUCCACAUCUGGGAGGAUGAGGUGACGGUUACCUGGCAACCUCCGGAAGAUGCUCCAGAGAAUGCCAAGUACCUUGUGCAGCUGUCAAGGGCUAAUGAUCAUCGGGUAAAUGUGUCGUCUUGUGCGCUAACUGUUCUCCCAAAAUGUGACAUCUCUGAAUUAGUCUCCAACUACUCGUCACGUUAUUUUGUGUUUGUGGGGUUGCUCACUCUGCAAGGAAAGUACAUAUGGAAGAAGAAAUCCUUCACAAUGACAGAAAGUAAAAUACUCCCCCCAGUCUUCAGUUUGGCUGCGGGCUCUGGAUCGGUCGCCGUUAAAGUCCAGCAGAAGCCCAAACUCCUGCUGAUCUUUAAAUAUGGCAUACAAUACAAAGUUUCUCUGAAAGGACAGGACAAGGAUCAGAUCAUUCAGGAGAGGGAUUUUGUAUAUGAUCCUCCACAAUUCAACGAGGAAAUCAAAUUUGAGGAUUUGUCAUGGGGUCAAACAUACUGUGUGGAUGUGAAGGCAGAAUCCCUGUCGGUGAACAUCAGUAACCACGCAGUACAUUGCAUAUACCUACAGCCAGACAACUUCACAGUCGUUGCUCUUGUGGUUUCUGUCUUCGUCUCUGUGGUGGUUCUGGCAAUAAUUGGUGGAGUAGUAUACGUCCUGUGCCAUCCAGCCAAAAUGCCUGCUACCCUGAAACCACCGGGCACCAAGUGGCAGCCCCUCAGAAUUGACCAGACGCCAGUGGAGGUGGUCAUUACCAAUGGCUGGUUCCUGUCUCGCCCCAGUCCGGAUGGCAAGAGAGAGCUCUCCGAGGACAAGAUGGCCAUUCUCCAGGAGGAGGAAAAGAGGGGGAGCCUGGACAGCGGGGUGAGCAUGGUGGCCAGCUCCACCGGUGGAGACGCCGGGAUGGCGAGCCAGCCAGGACUGCAGGAGGACAGCGGCUGCGGGAGUCUUGGAAGCUCUGCGGAGAAUGAAAGUGAGCAUGGUGGAAGCGCCAUGCUGCUCCUACUAGAGGGGAGGAAUAUGUGCAAUGGGGUCACGCAGAGAGAGGACAGUGGACUCGGACUGGCGUUUAACAGCCAGUCAGCUGGGGGCUCAGAGGGGGAGGACACUGGAUCGCUUCCCGAUGCAGAGGUCAUGACGGGGGAUGGUUACCGCAGUAAGAGCCCAUCUACUCUGCUGGACUUUAACAGCUGUCCUGAGGCAACCCUGACACGGACUCAACCAGAAGCAGACUUUGACAUGGCUGCCCCUGUGAUCGGCUACAGGCCCAGUCAGGUGAUAGGACACAUUGCGCCGACCGUUCCCGUUCAUAUACCCAUGGACACUAAGGAGCAGGACUUGCCUGUUUCAAACUAUCUGAGAAAGAUUCAACCAGUGGAAACCACAGGCUUGCUGGACUCACUGACCCUCUCUUGUCAGAGCUCCCAGAGCUUAGACGAGACAACACCGUUCAUUGUGUCUUUGCCACAGUUCCUCCUGAGCGAAAAAGGGGCAGACUAUGGACUGUCUCUUAAUGAUAUCGAGCUGAACUUUGGCUAGUUUCUUUACAAAGAAACUUCUCUCUUCAAAGCUGACUUUAGGCAAAGUCCUUCUAGGCAAGUCCCCCCACUCGGCUGCCAUCUUGCAACGCACUUUGGCCAGUUAUCGGGCAGCUAAUACAGGAAGGGGCAGGAUAUUUAUAGGGACUACUGCCAUAUUGGCGGUGCGAACUAACCCCAUGCAUUUCUGUGGGCUAAAGAUUCUUUGAGUGCUGUGUCUCCUCAUUACAAAGUCUCUGCUUUAGAUGAGCAAAGGGAGGGUGGCCAUUUUAGCACCUUAGACCACAGACAGCUCCAGCCGUCUAAUGAAAAAAAGAGAUUCUCUGUACAAGCUCUUGCAUGCAUUGUGGACAGUGGACAGAUUAAGCUGAUGGCAGUUGCUGGGACUAGACUUGUGGGCGGCUGUUGGCUGUGAAUGUUAGGUUUCGUUAUGAAGUCUCCAGAGACCCCUGGUCAAUUGUUAGGUUUCGUUAUUAGGUCCCUGGUGGUCUUUUUGCACAUGCAUAAGGAAGGAGACCUUUUGGUUGGCUUGGACAGCAACUGUUAAAGAAG